GGUCGCCUAAACUCUGACCCGGAAGCACUUUGAUCAUCUCCAAACAAGAAGAUGUUCAGUUAGCCGGUGUGUUGACGCUAAUCGAAUCGGGAAGUUGCAAUAUUAUUCUGACAACUGGACUUGACAGAAAAUAUGCGAAGUAUCAGUUGUUUGCACUGGACGGUUACCGUUUCCGGGUUUCUUUUUCAUUAAUAUCGAAAGGCAUAUACAUACUGACGCUAGUUAGCUUAGCUUUGACUGCGUUACCGAGGCCAGUGAGCGACACACUGACCAGUUAUAAAGUGGAUGUUUAGCACCAGACCGGGUUGGUACCGAAAGUGGGUCGUGACGUGUAUUGAAUUAACCACCAAAAAACUAAUGUUCUUGAACUUUACCGUCACGAGCAAAGGUCCGUGCUAAAAGCGCAGGUGGAGGUUGGGUUUGAUGGUAUAGCUUAGCAGUAGGUUAGCCGAAAAGAAAAGUGCAGUCAUGGACGAUUUUAGCUCCAUCAGCCUGCUGUCCCUUGCGAUGCUGGUGGGAUGUUAUGUGGCCGGGACGAUACCUUUAGCGGUUAACUUCUCAGAGGAGAAGUUGAAGCUGAUCACUGUGCUGGGAGCAGGGCUGCUCUGUGGGACUGCACUUGCCGUGAUCAUCCCAGAAGGGGUCCACGCACUUUACGAAGAAAUCCUUGAAGGUGGACACCACAGUCACGGCCAGUCUGCAGUUGCAGAAGCUUCCGAGGGAAAGGGUGAAGCAGAGGCAGCUCUUAGUGCUGGUGGGAAGCAUGAGCACAAUCAAGAGCAGCUCCAUGCCUACAUUGGAGUGUCUCUGGUUCUAGGCUUUGUCUUUAUGCUACUGGUGGACCAGAUAGGUAGUUCUCAUGUUCACAACACUGAAGAUCCAGAGGCAGCAAGAGUUGCUUCCUCCAAAAUCACCACCACCCUGGGGCUUGUGGUCCAUGCUGCAGCUGAUGGUGUUGCAUUGGGUGCUGCUGCCUCAACCUCUCAGACCAGCGUUCAGCUCAUUGUCUUUGUAGCCAUCAUGCUGCAUAAGGCGCCAGCAGCAUUUGGUCUUGUAUCCUUCCUAAUGCAUGCCGGUCUCGAGAGAAAUCGUAUCCGCAAACAUCUCUUGGUCUUUGCCCUGGCAGCGCCAGUCCUCGCCAUGCUCACAUUUUUAGGUCUCAGUCAGAGCAGCAAAGAAGCACUGUCAGACGUCAACGCCACAGGUGUCGCCAUGCUUUUCUCUGCUGGCACUUUCCUCUACGUGGCAACG